CGCGCGCCGCCCGACCGCAGAGGACUAUGCGGACGCUCCCUCUGGCGCACGAGCUGCGCGCACGUCUGGAUGCGGCUGCGGGCCUCGCGGGGGCUAUGAGAAAACUGGACCGGAGCGCCUGCAGGAACAAACCCUGGAAGAAGCUGAGGAACAUGGUGCAAUGGUCUCCCUGUGUGGUCUCUUUCCGCAAACGCUACCCCUGGGUCCAGCUGGCCGGCCAUGCAGGCAACUUCAGGGCCGGGGAUUUUGGCCGCAUCCUGAAGAAGUACUGCCCCAGCGAGCAGCAAUGCCUGGAGCGGCUGGUGUGCGACACGCUGCACCCCUACGUCCCGGCCUACUAUGGGGUGGUGGAGCGCGAUGGGGAGACCUACAUCCAGAUGGAGGACCUGCUGUCCGGCUUCGAGGCGCCCUCCAUCAUGGACUGCAAGAUGGGAGUCAGGACGUACCUCGAGGAGGAGCUGGAGAAGGCGAGGCAGCAGCCCUGUCCGCGCAGAGACAUGUACGACAAGAUGGUGGCCGUGGACCCGGCGGCUCCCACGGCGGAAGAGCACGCGCAGAGCGCCGUCCUGAAGCCCCGCUACAUGCAGUGGAGGGAGACCCUCAGCUCCACCACCACGCUCGGCUUCCGCAUCGAAGGCAUCAAGAAAGCGGACGGCACCUGCAACACCAGCUUCAAGAAGACCCGCCAGCCAGAGCAGGUGACGCAGGCCUUCUGGGACUUUGUGGACGGAGACAGGAGAGUCUUGACCAGCUACCUGGAGCGGCUGCAGGAAGUCAGGCUGGCGCUUGAACAAUCAGAGUUCUUCAAGACACACGAGGUGGUGGGAAGCUCUCUUCUCUUCGUCCACGACCAGACAGGCCUGGCGCGAGUGUGGAUGAUUGACUUUGGCAAGACGGUGCCCCUGCCCGAGAAGCAGACGCUGACUCACCGCCUGCCCUGGCAGGAGGGCAACCGGGAGGACGGAUACCUCUGGGGCUUGGACAACCUCAUCGCCAUCUUGGAGAGGAUGCUGGGGGAUUGAGCCAGGAAGAUGGCAGCCGACACGUCGAGACGGGGGCCGACUUGGCCUCUGGGACUUGUCAUUUAAUUUAUUCAGCCAAAUAUGCUACUGGAACCAGGGGGGUACAGGGCCUGGGGCGGAACUGGAAGAGCCCCAGGGGGCCUUUUGGAAGGGGCCAGCUGGUUUUUGCACCCCAAAGUUUAUUUAUUGGUGUGAUGGACGUGGUGAAAACCA